AUGGGUACUGAUUUACUAAAGUUGGACUAUUUAUUGGACCGGCCCAGUGCAAUAUCAAACCGUGAGCCCAAACAGAGAAAUGGCGUCGUGUUCCUUGGUGCGUUUUGGCCGUUGGAUUUCCCGGUUCAAAUUCCCGUACACUCUCAGGCCAAGCCAUUUUCCUCUCCGUCACCUUUCUCCUCCUCCGCCGGACUCCGCGAUGCCGAUUCUGCCGCUCCUGGCGGUCCGCCACCUAUACGAGUCUCGCUCACCGAUUCAGCCGGUCGAGGUGUUUUCGCCACUCGAAAGAUCGGCGCCGGAGAACUCAUACACACAGCCAAACCACUCGUUGCACAUCCUUCACUAUCUUCUAUCCACCAUGUGUGCAAUUUCUGCCUGCAGAAGCUGCAGAGAUAUGCUAACGUCGACUCCGAUGCUCGUCGUGCAUCAUUCUGCAGUGAAGAGUGUGAGCAACAUUCCAAGGUUUUCCACGAUGUUGAAAUGGAAGCGGAUUGGUCAGACUACGACAAUUAUUGCAGGGAGCGAGGGUUCAAAUAUCCUCUUUUGGUGAAGCGAUUGGCUUGUAUGGUUAUAUCUGGAGCUAUGUCUUCUGACCACCUUGACAUACUUCAACCUUCUCGUUUGUCUACUGAUAUAGUUUUGGAGUUAGAAGAAGGAUACAGCUUGCUGAGAAAAGCCUUGAUCAACGCAAACAUCACAGAUGAACGGAUGCUUUUUUUAACUCAAGAAUGGUAUACUGGAGUUCUCGCACGAAUUCGUAUCAAUGCCUUCCGAAUUGAAUUGGCUGGAGGGUAUGAAGAUCUUCAUUCUCUUGCAGCAGCCUGUGUCGAAGCUGAAGCUGCUGUCGGGAAUGCUGUUUACAUGUUGCCAUCUUUCUAUAAUCAUGACUGUGAUCCAAAUACACACAUUAUAUGGAUAAAUAAUGCAAAUGCAAAAUUGAAGGCCCUCCGUGAUGUUGAUCCUGAUGAAGAGCUCCGUAUUUGCUACAUUGAUGCAAGUAUGGACUACGACGCUCGUCAAACUCUUCUGCACCGAGGGUUUGGUUUUAUUUGCAAAUGUGCACGAUGUUCAUAUGGUAUUAAUCCCAUAUGGUUGUAGAUGUGGCCCUAAAUCAACCUUAUUUGUGAUUCUAUUAUGGCUUGGCUUCUCCUGAUGGCCUAUGGGAAAGAAGAAUAGGACCAAAGGCUCCAAUAUCUGAAAUUUGUGAACAUUUUUGGGAUAUGAAUAGAGAACAGAGGGAGAAAUGUUAUCCUUUCCAAUAAUUCUCAUUAGGUGUGUUGUUCUAUGACUGCUAAUUUAUGUUAGUUUUCUAUGACAUACAAUAAUGGGAAGUUCAAAAUUCAACCGUGCAGGUUUCGAAGUGUUUUCAAAUUAGUGCCAUUAGCAAGAAUACUAUUAUUU